AUGGCACCUUCACUUCUUGAUACCCAACCUACAGCACCCCACCAACUUUCCUCUCCAUCCCCAAAAUCCAUCGAUCGUAAAGUCUUCCCAGAUGGUAUCAAAACCUCAGGUCAACAUCCACCUUUAUAUGAUCAAUUGAGACCAUACUCUGAAUUCCCUAAAGAAAUCACCGGAGAAACAGUUUGGAAAGCAGAAGAUUAUAUUAAUAACCCAGAAAGAUGGGUUCAUGUGUUCAACGAGGAAGAAAUUGCUGAAUUGAGCUCUGUAGCGGAUCAUUUUAUUCAGGAUAAGAUCCCUCUGACGGGUAUUCUCAGGUACGUUGAUACUUUCCGACUCUCAAAGCUUUCUACUUUACUAGCAUCCAUUCGAACGGAAAUCUUAAACGGGAAAGGAUUUAUCCUCUUCAAAGGAUUUCCAGUCGAAAAAUGGGGAAACCAUAAAUCCGCCGUUGCAUAUAUGGGAUUGGGUACAUACCUUGGAUAUUUCGUCAGUCAAAAUGGUCGAGGCCAUGUUCUUGGGCAUGUCAAGGAUCUUGGCGAAGAUUCAACUCAGAUUGAUAAAGUUAGAAUUUAUAGAACAAAUGCUCGACAAUUCUUCCACGCUGAUGACUCUGAUAUCGUUGGUCUUCUCUGCAUCGCACGAGCACUCCAAGGUGGAGAAUCUGAUAUCGUUUCUUCGCAUCACGUCUGGAACACUUUACAAAAAGAGCGUCCUGAUGUGGCCGAAACACUUACCAAACCUAUCUGGUAUUUUGAUCGAAAGGGCGAAGUUAGCAUUGGUGAAGAACCAUACAUCAAGACCUCGGUCUUCUAUCUCGAAACCGGCGCCAAUGGUCGCGUGUAUUCGAAAUGGGAUCCAUAUUACGUGAAAUCUUUGAGCCGAUUCUCAGACGCGGGAGUCAUCCCACCAUUAUCACCUGAACAAGUUGAAGCUGCUAAAGUUUUGGAAGAAACUUGUCAUCGACUGAGAUUACAUAUGAUACUUGAGAUUGGCGAUAUUCAAUUCUUAAGUAAUGAGCAUGUACUCCAUGCUCGUACGGAAUACAAGGAUCAUGCACCACCAGCACCAAGAAGACAUUUGAUGAGGUUAUGGUUGGCAACGCCGGAGAGUGAGGGAGGAUGGAAAUUACCGUUUCAUGAUUCGAAGGAGAAGAAGAGAGGUGGUAUCCAAGUUAACGAUCAGGCUCCUGUUGCACCACUAGAUGCAGAAUAG